CUUAUUUACUCAUUUUCUGAAUGGAUCUUCAAGAAUUGCAGCCGAUUGCUCUCGAAUAACUUCACACCCAUUCAUCUCUAUCUUCUCAUCUCCCUCACCAAACUCUUCACCUCUGCAACAAUGGCGGAAAUAAUACCUGGAUUCAUGCUGUUCUUAACUCUCAUCUUUCUCAUCUCCCUUCGAUUUUCUGAAUCCACUGUGCCUCCACAAGAAGUGGUAACUGUCUCAAACAUUCUUGCUGACAUGAAUGCAACAAGUUGGAGAUUUAAUGGUGAAAGUUGCAAUCUUGAAAUGAUUUUUCAAGUUCCAAGAUUAUCAAGUGAAGCUAAUGCAAGCAUCGGAUGUGAUUGCAACAUUGGAAACGAUACAGAUUGUCAUGUCGUAAGGAUCACACACAAGUGGUAUAGUCUUGACGGGAUACUUUCGCCUGAAAUGGCAAAACUUCCUUACCUUCGAUCAUUUGAUGUUGCUUACAAUUACUUACAAGGCACAAUACCACCCGAAUGGGGUCUAACACGGUUGCAAGACAUUUCGAUUCUUGGAAACCGUAUCUCCGGGGAAAUCCCACCGGAACUAGGGAAUAUCACGACUCUCACAAGGCUGGACUUUGAAGCAAACUAUCUUUCAGGAACAAUUCCACCCGAAUUAGGGAAAUUAUAUAAUUUGAAACAUUUGAUGUUGUCCUCGAACCGGUUUACAGGGAGGCUGCCUCCGGCACUUGGUCAACUAGGAAACCUAACAAAUUUUAGGAUAAACGAAUGCAACUUCAGUGGGCCCAUACCUGAUUUUAUACAGAAUUGGAAACAGCUUAACAGAUUAGAGAUGGUGGCGAGUGGACUCACUGGACCGAUUCCUUCAAACAUAAAUCUUCUCGAGAGCCUAGCCGAUCUGAGACUUGGUGACAUAACUGGGCCCUCUCAGCAAUUUCCUCCCCUUAGAAAUGCGACAGCAUUAAUAAGAUUGAUCUUGAGAAAUUGCAACCUUUCUGGAGAAUUACCCGAUUAUAUUUGGCAAGUGAGAGAACUCGAAUUGUUGGAUGUAAGUUUUAACAAUUUAGUAGGGAGAAUAUCUGACAACGUCCUUGGGAGGAGCCUCCGAUACGUGUUUUUAACUGAUAACAUGCUAAGUGGAGACAUACCGAAUGAGUUGUUGGUAAACGGGGCUGCUAUUGAUCUUUCCUACAACAAUUUUACAUGGCAAGAACCUAAUCAACCUUCAUGCGAACAAAACACGAAUACAUACGUAAACUUAUUUAGAAGCUCUUCAACCGGAAACCCAAUACAAGAUGUGCUUCCAUGCAAGGAGGAUACCACAUGUCGUAGAUCAGAUGCGUGUUCAAUUCACGUUAAUUGUGGUGGGAAUGAUGUGACGGUUACAGAAAGUAACGGACAAUCGGUUGUUUACAAAGGAGAUGCUGACGUGGAUGGUGGUGCCGCAAAAUUAUAUGAAAGUGACAAGAAUUGGGGAUUUAGUAGCACUGGAGACUUCAUGGAUGAUAAUGUUUAUCAAAACACGCGAUACGUAGAAUCUUUGCAAGGAAACACGAGCUUACCACAACUGUAUACAACCGCACGUCUAUCACCAAUCACACUCACUUACUUCAGCUAUUGUUUGGAAAACGGAGAGUAUUUGGUUAAUCUACACUUUGCAGAGAUCGUAUUCAUUAACGAUACUACGUUUAGAAGUCUUGGUCGCCGGAUAUUUGAUAUUUAUAUUCAGGGACAAUUGGUUAAAAGGAAUUUCAAUAUUCAAGAAGCUGCUGGUGGGUUUGGGAGGCCGGUGGUUGUACCGUUCAAUGCUAGUGUGACAAAUAACAUUUUAGAGAUACGGUUUUAUUGGGCGGGUAAAGGAACGACCCGUUUUCCUAGAAGAGGAGUCUAUGGACCUCUUAUAUCGGCUAUUGAUGUUGAUCCAUACUUUAAAACUUGUUCGGAAGGUGGAAAAAAGAAAAACAAAGCUGCGGUUUUUAUCGGUGUCGGGGUUGCGGUUCCAUGUCUUGUAUUGUUGUUGGUUUUGAUCAUUUUGUGGAGGAGAAAAAGUUUCAAAGGGCGAAAUAGAGCGAAUGACAAAGAUUUUGAAGGAAUGUCGAUGAAAACAAUUUCGUUUUCGUAUAAACAACUUAAAGCAGCUACUGACAACUUUAGUCGUUCGAACAAAAUAGGGGAAGGAGGUUUUGGGCCAGUUUACAAGGGUACGUUGGGUGAUGGCACUGUGAUUGCAGUGAAGCAGCUUUCAGCUCAAUCAAGGCAAGGAAACCGUGAGUUCUUGAAUGAGAUUGGUGUGAUUUCAUGCUUACAACAUCCGAAUCUUGUUAAACUCCAUGGAUGUUGCAUUGAAGAAGAUCAAUUGUUGCUUGUUUAUGAGUAUAUGGAAAAUAAUAGUCUUGCAAACGCUUUGUUUGAGUCGAAAAAAAGUAUUUUGAUGCUGGAUUGGGCAACGAGGUUCAAGAUAUGUAUUGGGAUUGCUAAAGGUUUAGCUUUUCUUCAUGAGGAAUCAAGGAUCAAAAUUGUGCAUCGGGACAUCAAAGCCACAAAUGUAUUGCUUGAUAAAGAUCUGAACCCUAAAAUAUCAGAUUUUGGAUUGGCAAGGUUAAAUGAGGAGGAGAAGACUCACGUUAGCACCAGAGUUGCUGGAACAAUAGGAUACAUGGCACCUGAGUAUGCACUUUGGGGUUACUUGAGCGAUAAAGCAGAUGUUUAUAGCUUUGGAGUCCUGGCGUUGGAGAUUGUCAGUGGAAAGAAGAACAACAGUUACGUUCCAAUAAACGAUUGCAUUUGUCUUCUAGAUUGGGCUUGUCGAUUGGAAACGAGUAAACAAUACGAAGAGCUUUUUGACGAGAGAUUAGAGUCGAGAAUCAACAAAGAAGAAGCGGAAACCGUGGUGAAAGUAGCGCUUCUGUGCACGAACGGUUCUGCGUCGGUGAGGCCGACGAUGACGGAGGUUGUAAGCAUGCUCGACGGGAAAACUUGUGUGCCGGAGAUAAUUCCGGAGUCGAAUGAAUACUCCGAAGAUUUGAGAUUCAAAGCGAUGAGAGACUUUCGACGUGAGAUGAAAGAUCCAAUCCGUCGAUACCAGAACCUACUGAAGAAGAUUGAGUAAAUGGUUUGAAAACAUGCCAUUGAUGAUCCGGGGAGAAUGGAUCACGGCGUCACAGGGGCGACGGCCGGCGGAGACUCUGGUUCCAUCCGGCGUCACAUUUUUUUUUUUUUUUUUUUU